GGCAUCACCGAGGAGGAUAUAUGUCACAUGGAGAGAAAAAUAUUCAAUCAAGCAUAAUAAAAUACUAGCACGAAUCACAUUCAUCAGUUUUUUUAAAGGAUAUUGCCUUGGACCAAAUCAUUUUAUCAGGACAAUUACAUGAUAUAAUGUGGACAUAUAUAACUCAAUCUUGAAACCAGAUACUUAGAUUUAUCUGCUUAAUUUGACUCAGAUUUGUGAUUACUUCUUGCCAUAAUUUGUGGUGAUAAAGUAAAACCAUGAUUCAUGAAAAAAACUCCCAACUCCUUCUUGAUUUUCCUCUUCUUAAUGAAAAGGAUCCUGAAAAUGGCAUCAAGAGAUGGUAUGAUAUGUAUGAGACUAUUGAAGAGCUAAAGAAGCAAUUGGAAUUAGCAGGACCUCUGGUUGUUGUAGGUUUUAUGCAGUACUUUUUGUUGUUGAUAUCUGUAAUGUUCGUUGGUCAUCUCGGAGAGCUUUCUCUUUCCAGUGCAACUUUAGCUACUUCUUUUGCUGGAGUAACUGGUUUCCGCUUCAUGCUUGGAAUGGCAAGUGCAUUGGAAACAUUAUGCGGACAAGCAUAUGGGGCAAAGCAGUAUCAUAUGCUUGGGAUACAUAUGCAAAGAGGUAUGCUUGUAGUGGUGGCAAUUUCCAUCCCCAUAUCGAUUGUUUGGGCAUUUGCAGGGCAUAUAUUUGCUUUUUGUGGACAAGACGUUGAACUUUCAAUCCACGCUGGAGUGUAUGCUCGUUGGUUGAUUCCCAGCAUUUUGCCUUAUGGACUCCUCCAAUGCCAAUUAAGGUUCCUGCAAACACAAAGUAGACUCAAACCACUGCUGAUCAGUACUGGCUUCACAAGUUUACUUCAUGUCUUCUUGUGUUGGGCAUUGGUUUCAAGGUUGGGAUUGGGAAACAAAGGGGCUGCACUCUGUAAUGCCAUAUCUUAUUGGAUCAACGCGCUGAUUUUGGCACUUUAUAUAAGGUAUGCAUCGUCAUGUGAGAAAACAUGGACAGGGUUCUCCAAAGAGGGUGCAAGAAACCUUCCCAGUUUUCUAUCAUUAGCUAUCCCUUCAGCUUGUAUGAUCUGCUUGGAGCAAUGGUCCUAUGAGUUUCUGGUGCUUAUGUCGGGGUUGCUUCCUAAUCCGAAGCUUGAGACAUCUAUGAUGGCCAUCAGCAUGAGUACUAGUUCUCUGGUCUUCAGGAUUCCCUCGGGAUUUAGUAGUGCAGUGAGUACGAGGAUAUCUAAUGAACUGGGAGCAGGGAGACCUAAAGCAGCCAAGUUAGCAGCACGGGUCGUUCUGCUUAUUGCCCUGGUAGAGGGCUUUCUACUGAGUGGAAUCGCAAUUGCAGCAAGAAAUGUGUGGGGAUAUAUAUACACUAACGAAGAGGAAGUGGUGAAAUAUCUGGCUGCAGUCAUGCCAGUACUUGCAUUGUCCAAUUUCAUGGAUGGAAUCCAAGGGGUUCUUUCAGGUACUGCAAGAGGAUGUGGUUGGCAGAAACUUGGUGCGCUAGUCAAUUUAGUAGCCUACUAUGUUGUUGGACUUCCUUGUGCUGUGAUUUUAACUUUUGUCUUCCACUUCGGAGCAAAGGGUCUUUGGACAGGAAUUAUAAGUGGAAGUGGUCUUCAAGCAUUGCUUUAUAUACUUAUUACCUUGAGGAUAAAUUGGGAGCUUCAGGCAAUGAAGGCUAUGUGUAGAGUACAAGUUUCUUAAAACCUGAGAAGCUAUUCAUGUCAUGAUUAGGUUGUUUCUAAUCUCAUUUUUACAAAAUCUUUGUAAAUUGUAAUGCUAAAAUAUAAACAAGUUUUGUCAUUUGUAUUUCUCUCUGUACUCUAAAUGCAUUUGUUUGCAAGAUUCACCAAAGGUAUAUAAACAAGGCAUUCGUACUGAAAAAUAUAGGAACAUUCCGAAACUAACAUGUAUUUUAGUUGAACAACGACAAAUGGUUAGCAUCAAUCAAACGCUGGAGUCAAAUGCAAUCUUAAGUUUUUUAUUUGGGUGCAGGCGGAGUAGUUGGUCUUGAUCGCGUUCUCACUUGAAAUUACAGGCUAUGUUUCAGCAUCCAGAAGACUAAGUCACAGAUACAGAGUAUAAUGCAGCAUAAUAUACAAUAUUAGCACGAAUCACAUUCAUCAUUUAUUUAUUGCUGUGUAUUUAAAGUCACUCUCUGGACCAAAUCACCAAAAAUAUUUCAUCAGAAUCAACUAGAUUGAAAUAUAACUCAAUCUUGAACCUGAUACUAACACGUAUAGAAAUAUAUACUUGAUUAUGAACGCUAUUGCAAGAUCA